AAAUUUGUAUCGAAUACUUAAUAUAUGUAAGAUAAUGAUAGUACGACAAUUAGAACAAGUAGAUAGAAAAUGUAUAAUUAUAUUUGAUUUAUAGUGCGGUGUAUUUAUAUCAAUUAUGAGUUUAAUUUCCUCAACUGAAGAAGGAUGGAUAAUAUCCCAUUUAAAAUAUCUUAAUAAUAUUUAUGCAAAUGUAAAAAAUGGCAGCACUAAAUGUAAACUAAUUUUUAAUGAAGUAUUAUUUGAAAUAAAUUCUCAAUAUUUACGAGAAAAUCAAACAAUUCAAUGCGAGCAACAAGAUGGAAUUUCAUUACAAAGUAAAACUAGGAAAAGAAAACGAUUAAAACUUUUACCAGAUGAAGAUUUAAAAGAAAUAAAUUAUAUUAAACAAACCUUCAAUAAAAUGAUUUCAAAAACGGAGGGAUUAUUUUCUACUAAUAUAUUAUCUGAUAAUAAUGAAGCAGCACGCUUGGCAUCUCAAAAAUUUUAUCAAGAUACAUUUUGUAAUGAAAAAGAAAAUUUUUAUGGUUGUAACGAUAUGGAUAUAGUUAUUACAUCGGAAUUAAAAGAAAAAAGAUAUGUUUUCCCUCAAAAAUGUAAAUUUUAUUGCUAUGAUGUGAGAGAGAUUGCAAAAAAGCUGGACCUAAACAACCAAUAUGAUUUUAUAUUGUUGGAUCCUCCUUGGUGGAACAAGUCCAUAAGAAGAAAAAAAACCAGAUAUUCAGAAGCUAGCUAUAAAAUGAUGUACAAUGAAGAAUUAGCUAAGAUACCAAUUGGAAAAUUAUUAUGUUCAAAUGGACUUGUAGCAAUAUGGUGCACCAAUGCUCCAAGUCAUUUACAUAGUAUUUUUAAUAAUAUAUUUCCAUCUUGGGGUGUUACAUAUAGAGCAAAAUGGUAUUGGGUUAAAAUAACUCAAGGAGGAAAUACAAUAUGUAAUUUUAAUUGUGCACCUGGUAAACAACCUUAUGAACUAUUAGUUUUGGGAUCUGUAUUAAAUGGAAAUGAAAUAAACAUUCCUGAUGGUAGAUUAUUAAUAAGUGUACCAAGUGCAGUACAUUCUCAUAAACCACCACUUACAGAAAUUAUGAAAGAUUAUCUUCCAAAUGAACCAAAAUGUUUAGAAAUAUUUGCUAGAUAUUUGCUUCCAAGAUGGACAAGCUGGGGUCUUGAGGUGUUAAAAUUUCAGCAUUUAUCAUUGUAUACAAUAUUAGAAGAAACAAAAGAUACUCAAAAUAAAUAAAUAAUAAUAUAAAUAAAAUAAAUAA